AUGGCUGGUCAUGCUGGAGGUUUAGGAUUCACCCCCCACUUUGCUGGUUUCACUCACCGUUUCGUUGGUAAGGCCUUAGGUGCCACUAUGUGGUUUUGGAUGAUGUAUCGUGCCAAACAAGAUGGCCCUGUUCUUUUGGGUUGGAGACAUCCUUGGGAUCACCACGGAGACGAUCACCAUGACGAACACCACUAA